AUGCGCGCGACGCCGGACCCGGAAAAGGAGGUGGAGGUCGACUUGUACACCACCGCGGGGCAGCCGUACAACGUCCAGCAGCUGCAGUCGGAGUUUCACGCCAUCUCGCCCGCCGAGGCGUACGCGGAGUUGUGCCAGCGCCACCAGUGCCACCCCAUCCGCGCCGUCGCCGCCAUGUUUUCCAGCGUCGUGGGCAACUGGAACGCGACGACGACGCUGAACUUUUCGCGCCUCUACGUGGGCCCGAAGGGUAUCCGGCCGGUGGUGGAGAUGUGCAAGCGGAUCCCGGCGCUAGCGUCGCUGAACUGCGCCAACAACUACCUGACGAACGACUCGGUCUAUUUUAUCACGCGGAUGGCAAUGUUUCACCCGGCGCUGGAGCGCAUUGAGCUCGCCUGCAACGAGUUUAUCUCGUGGACCGGCGGCACCUACCUGACGGAGCUGGUGGUGCGCAACGCAAACAUAAAGGAGGUGGGCACGCGCUCCACGGCGAUCCCGACACGCGUGGCAGAGGCGGUGUUCGAGCAGACGCGGCGCAACUGCGUCCUUGCCGCCCAAGCAUCGGGGCGAAUGCCAAAGCCCCCAACUCACCCCGCCGUCAUUCACCUGCGUACGCUGAAACGUUUUUUUAUGGAAAGGCAGGAGAACGGCACUGUUCCCGCCUCCGUUCUCGCGGAUGGGUUCCGCGAGCGUCUGCGCAUUCUAGGCCAGGAGCGAGACAUCGACAACUACACAGAUGACUUCUACGAGAAGCUCCGCCGGGGCCUACCACAGGACCGCAUCCCGUGGGAGGCCUUCGUUAUAACGCUGCGAAUGGAUGGUAGCUUAUAUGACGCGGAUCUCGUUAAAAAGAUUCAGCGUGUCUUUUUGGAGUUCAACCUCGAGCCUGCGGCAGGGGUCGAGGGGUUUGUGGAGGUGCGUGAACUUGCCGCCAUGUUUGCACGUCUUUACGGUGAGCCACCGACGCCGCUGGAACGCGUCAAUAUGUACAGCUAUUUAGGGCUUGAUGACACCAUGACGCUCCGCUUUGAUGAGUUUCUGCCGUUAAUGUACGUUCGCGGCCCAAAAGAGAAGACGUUGGCUUCGGGGUGGCAGCUAACCCCGCUUCACCCGCCAACCAUGUUUCAUUUCUGA